AUGACCCCUUUAACUGCAAAGGGUUCUGAAGGAAUUAUUAAAUCUCUUCAGGUGGAUUUUGGGUUCCUCAAACAAUUGAUUCCACUGAAGUUUGAGGACCGUCUUAGAGAGGAAUCUUGCAGACUUUUCACUUCUCUACAUGACAGGAUCCUGACAAUCGAAAAACGUUACCAACAGAAUGAGGAUACCUUAAGAAAAUGCUACAAUCAGCAGCUGGCCGAUGCCAUAGCUACUAUCAAAGGAAUGUACCAGAAAUUCUUUGAGGUGGAAGAAGAGAAGACACCUGUGCAUGACGCGAUGACUGUCAAAAUGAAUAUUUUGUUAAAAAAACUGAAGGAGAAAGAAGAACUCAUUAAGGAAUUAAGAGAAGAACUGGACCAGUGUGAAGAAUUUGGAUCUCAAAAAGUUGACUCUUUUAUCAAAGACGACAGCCCUCUAAGAACAGCUCUGGAAAAGGAAAAUUUGGAGUACAAAGUGGAAAAUGAGAGACUGCUUCAAGUCAUUUCAGAACUCGAAGAAGACAUCCGACUCAAUCUAAAAGAAAAUUCAUUAUUAGAAGAUGAAAUUAUAAGUCUGAAAGAGAUGGCAGAAAAGGAUCAUAAAACCAUUCAAAAGCUAGUCAAUGGCAGAGACAAAUUACUAUGUGAGCUUGAGUUUGAAAAAUCAUUAGUGCAAGAAAUGGUUAAUAAACAGAAAGCGGACCUUGAAAUGACAAGAAAGUUGGAUGCCAUAGUCGCCAAGAGCCCCAGAGCCAUCAAGGAGAAGGAAACCACCUUGUCUCCGUGGCCCUCACAGCCCGGGAGUGCAGGCGCUCCGAGGCCACGUUCUUCCUUCCCCGUUUCAUUGCCUUCUAAGGCCAAAAGAGUCAAGAGUCCAAAGAAGGCUUCAAAGGAAGAGCAUCCUACGGUUAGACAUGGAAUACCUGCUGCGAUGCAUAGAGAAAAAGCGAGACUACCAGUGGCUAAGAUUGAAGAAGAGAAACGUGGUUUGGAAGAGCAAAUACAAAUGUUAAAGGCUAAGUUAGAGAAAGAGAAAAAGAAGUCGGAGAGGGUUAAGAAGGAAUCAGAUCAGAUCAACAAAAACUGGGAAAAGAAAUUCUUCAUUCUCAGGAACAGCUUUCACGUCCUUAAGAACGAGAUGUUUACUAGACACACAUUGUCCCGUCAGUUUGGAGUGCUGACUGACACAUCCUUCAAUUAUGUUAAAGCUAAACCUUUAUUUGUGCAAUCCAAAGUGAAAUUGAUAACAGCGUCGACAUCUUCUGCAAAUGUUUAUCAUGCAUCUUCGUGAGGCUGUCAGAAGCCCUGGAAGAAGAGUCUUUGGAGAAGCCAUCGAUGCCCCAGAACACCCCAGUCAACAAUACGGAUGCCCCUGAGUAGGCACCGGACACUGGGCUGCGCAGAGCGGGACCCCAGGAAGAGGGCCCUCCCCAUCCUGGCGUAAGGACUGCCUCCCUGACAAGGGACAGCAUCUCCAAGGCGUUUCUAACAUAACUGUUCCGUCUCUCCACAUGUCGCACACGCUCUGGAGCACCGCGCUUGAAGAGAAGGCCAAGUGCGCGCUCUGUGCGCACCUUUCCAAGCUCGGAAGGAAACCCCGCUCGCUGGCGCUUGGUGAGCGGGGCGCACAGACCCCGAGCCGCCGCCAAAUCCAUCCCGGCGCUUCCUGGGCUCAGCGGGGUGCCCCAGCGCCUUAGGGUGGGAAGGAACGGACUUCAAUUAAAAUUAAAAAGUUUGAGGCACUAA